AUGACCCAAGCGGGUGUCACCAGCGACGGGGCCCCCGAUCAGAUCACUGCCUCUUCUGCAAACUCUACGCCUAAUACGCCUCAGCCGUCGGCUGCAGUCGCCCCGGAAGAUGUCACCGGGAAGGGAAAGGAGAACAUAACGCCCCACGAGAACAGCUCUGGGCCGACUGAUACAGUUUCACAGAAGCCGAUAGAGGCACCGCUGGAGUUCGACGACUUUGGUUUACCAAUUCGACCUCGCGCGAAACCCGAACCGGCAACCCCAGACCCCUCCGAAGGCAACGGCCGACCCCCCACAGACUCCUCAGAGCCAGAGCCAGCCGCAAGCCCUGCAAAUGAUUCGACGCCAGAACAAGAUGUCAAUCAAGUUGGGGAUACCAAGGGAAAGCUGGAGGCAGCAACUGGAAACGCGGAGCCAGAAAAACAAGCAUCAAAGCCAAACAAGGAUCCUGAAUCCCUGACGCCCGCAGAUGCAGCCACACAGAAACCCGACCCUGAAGCCGCCGGAGCUGUCGCCUCCCCCGAUCGUCCACUUCGAAGCCCAAAAACGUCGAGUUCUCGGAAUGCGCACGACGAUAGUGAAGAGGAAGACGAGGAACCGGUGGAUUGGAAAGCCAUGCCGGCACUGGGAGAGUUCGACUACUACGACGACUAUGGGAGGCUGAUCGCCCGUGGCGCCCAGGAGGAGGACAAUGAUGCGGUAUACCAAGGGCUUGGAGGUGCAGGAAAGGGAUACACUCGAGUUCAGCUCGACGAAGAUGCCCAGUCUGCUACAAGUAUGGAUGAAGAUACCAGUUAUCUUUUCAAAGACUCAGCAAACAACUCAGCUGGUCUGGUUGGAGAAGAGCUCCGUGACUCUGUCAGCCAGCUCCAAGCCACAAAAGACCUUCUCAACGAAACCCAGAAGAUCGCCUACGUGGGUGUGGUUCGUCUAGCAAUCCACGAGAUGAAUCUUGAGUUGUCGAAGCUGCCGGUCACGAGAUCAACCCGCAAGACGCACCAAAAAGCGUCCGACUCCACGAGAAAAUGGGGCCAGGCUAUGAUGGGCCGGUUGUAUAUGCAUAUGGAUAUCAACUCGGCGGAACAAAUUAUGAUUGAGCAACUUGCCGAGCAUGGAGUCCAACCUGGGGACCUCGUUCGACCACUUAUGCAAAACGCGCGUGUCAAAAACCCAAUGGCCGAAACUGUUCACGAGUCUUCCUCCUCGGCAUCAUUAUCAUCCCCUACCUCGAAAGGAGACCCUCGUUCGCGCAUGUCAGUUGAGACCGACGCGUCAUCAGAACUGGGUUCCCCGCCACCAUAUGAAGCCCACGAAGACGAUGAGCCUACGGAAGUCAAAACACCAUCUCAAAUGCCAACAUCCGACCGAAUUGAUAUCGAUCUCCGAUGGACCGUCCUGUGUGAUUUGUUUCUUGUUCUCAUUGCCGACUCAGCGUAUGAUGCGCGGUCCCGGACCCUAUUGGAGCGAGUUGGCGAGUCUAUGGAUGUGACCUGGCUGCAAAUAUGUCGAUUCGAGAAGCGCGUCACAGACGCACUGGAAAUGCAAGAGCAGGCAGACAAAGAGAACUGGGAUGAAUCAGAGCAUAUGGAAAAGCGUCGUCAAAAGUCUCGCAAGACGAAAUAUAUGGUUAUGGGGUUGGCCACUGUUGGUGGUGGACUGGUAAUCGGCUUGUCGGCUGGGUUGUUGGCCCCUGUUAUUGGAGCUGGUCUUGCUGCGGGAUUAACGACCGUCGGUAUUGGUGGAACCAGCACGUUUUUGGGUGGACUUGGUGGCACUGCUUUGAUUGCAUCAAGUGCCACUCUUGGUGGGAGUGCCAUUGGCUUGAGAGCUUCGCAUCGCCGAACUGGCGCGGUUCAGACCUUUGAAUACCGGCCUUUGCACAAUAACAAGAAGGUCAAUCUGAUUGUGACAGUGUCCGGAUGGAUGACUGGAAAGGUCGAUGAUGUUCGAUUACCCUACAGUACAAUCGAUCCCAUCAUGGGUGAUAUCUAUUCCGUUCUGUGGGAGCCCGAGAUGCUUCGAAGCAUGGGAGACACAAUCAAUAUUCUUGCGACAGAGGCAUUGACCCAGGGUCUACAGCAGGUGCUGGGAAGUACUAUUUUGAUGGCACUGAUGGCAUCAUUACAACUGCCUCUUGUCCUGACCAAACUUGCCUACCUGAUUGAUAACCCGUGGACCGUUUCCUUGGCUCGUGCGCACUCGGCUGGGCUGGUAAUGGCCGACUCUUUGGAAGAUCGCAACCUGGGUAAACGACCCAUCACAUUACUUGGUUUCUCUUUGGGUGCACGGGUCAUCUUUUCAUGCCUUACGGAGCUAGCUAAUAAGGGUUGCCACGGACUUGUUCAGAAUGUCUACCUCUUCGGAUCGCCAAUCGUUGCAAGCAAGGAUGAAUACCUCAAAGCGCGCAGUGUGGUGUCUGGCCGUUUCGUAAACGGAUAUUGUACGAAUGAUUGGAUUCUUGGCUACCUCUUCCGGGCAACCAGUGGUGGUAUCAUGCGUGUCUCCGGUCUUGCAGCUGUUGAGGGUAUCCCAGGGCUGGAGAAUUUCAACUUGACCGAACUUGUCAAUGGACAUAUGGCUUACCGCUCCGCGAUGCCUCGAAUUCUUAGAGAGGUGGGUUGGGAAGUCUUAGGUGACGAGUUCGCAGAAAUUGAAGACCCGGACCCUGAGAACCACGCCGAGCGCCAGCGAGAGCUGAUUCGCGAGAUCGAUGAAGCUCGACGAGAAGCAGAGCUCAAGCCGGAGAAAAAGCGGUUCGGUCUCUUCAAGCGUGGCAAGAUGGCCGAGAAGAAAUCUUGGGAGACCUACGACGUUAACCAGAAAAAUGCACCACACGAUCCGAUUGAUAAGAGUGCACCGGGCUCGGUGCUCUUCGAUAUUGAGGCUAUCCGAGCUGAGUUGGCCUCGGAAGCCAUCGAAGUUAAACAGCUGGAGUCUACCCUGCCUCCAAUGAAACUAAAUUUGAACCGACCAUUAGAGUCGGCAUCUACCCAACCCACCACCCCCGCGGAGAAAGAAAAGGGGAAGGACGCCGAAUACGACGACUCCGUCUCCCUUCAACGAACGGCAUCCGAGCCUAAACUGAAUACAGCCGCCAAACCCCCGGCUGCCCAUGAUUACUCGGCCACGCAUAAGGAGGACGAGGUUGAAAUGACGUUUGAUACUUCUUAUCACGACCCACCCCCACGGUACUCACACGAUCCACCCUCCCGGCCCGAACUACGAACCUCUUCUACUAUGCCUGCAAUUGGUGCAACAGCUGUGGGCGCAACAGCCGUGGGAGCUAUGGCCCUAGAGCCGAAUGCUUGGGCAGAUCACGAUGAUUUUGGACACGGACAUGGAGAAGAGGAGUUUUCAAUGACUUUUGAAUAA